UGGAGCGCUGCAUGCGAGCCAUGCAGGAGGGGACGCAGAUGGUGAAGCUCCGCGGCGGCUCCAAGGGCCUGGUCCGCGUCUACCACCUGGACGAGCACCGCUCCUGCAUCCGCUGGCGGCCCUCGCGCAAGAAUGAGAAGGCCAGGAUCUCCAUCGACUCCAUCCAGGAGGUGAGCGAGGGGCGGCACUCCGAGGUCUUCCAGCGCUACCCCGAGGGCAGCUUCGACCCCAACUGCUGCUUCAGCAUCUACCACGGCAGCCACCGCGAGUCACUGGACCUGGUCUCGCCCAGCGGCGAGGAGGCCCGGAUCUGGGUCACCGGCCUGCGCUACCUCAUGGCCGGCAUCAGUGACGAGGACAGCCUGGCCCGCCGCCAGCGCACCAGGGACCAAUAUCCUUCGUGGCUGAAGCAGACGUUCGCCGAAGCCGACAAGAACGGCGACGGCAGCCUGAGCAUCGGCGAGGUGCUGCAGCUGCUGCACAAACUCAACGUGAACCUGCCGCGCCAGAGGGUGAAGCAGAUGUUCAGGGAAGCGGACACGGAUGACCAGCAGGGCUCGCUGGGCUUUGAGGAGUUCUGCGCCUUCUACAAGAUGAUGUCCACCCGCCGGGACCUCUACCUGCUCCUGCUGGCCUACAGCAACCACAAGGACCACCUGGACGCCGCCGACCUGCAGCGCUUCCUCGAGGUGGAGCAGAAAAUGGUGGGCGUGACGCUGGAGAGCUGCCGAGACAUCAUCGAGCAGUUUGAGCCCUGCCCCGAAAACAAGAGCAAGGGGGUGCUGGGCAUCGACGGCUUCACCAACUACACCCGGAGCCCGGCCGGCGACAUCUUCAAUCCCGAGCACCAUGGCGUCCACCAGGACAUGUCGCGGCCACUGAGCCACUACUUCAUCACCUCGUCCCACAACACCUACCUCGUGGGGGACCAGCUCAUGUCCCAGUCUCGAGUGGACAUGUAUGCCUGGGUCCUGCAGGCCGGCUGUCGCUGCGUGGAGGUGGACUGCUGGGACGGGCCGGACGGGGAGCCCAUCGUGCACCAUGGCUACACCUUGACCUCCAAGAUCCUCUUCAGAGACGUCGUGGAGACCAUCAACAAAUACGCCUUCCUCAAGAACGAGUACCCUGUGAUCUUGUCCAUCGAGAACCACUGCAGUGUCGCCCAGCAGAAGAAGAUGGCCCAGUACCUGACCGCCAUCCUGGGGGACAAGCUGGACCUGUCGUCGGUGGGCGGUGAGGACGCCACGCUGCUGCCAUCCCCACAGGUGCUCAAGGGCAAGAUUCUGGUGAAGGGGAAGAAGCUGCCGGCCGACAUCAGCGCGGACGCCGAGGAGGGCGAGGUGUCGGACGAGGACAGCGCCGAUGAGAUCGACGAGGACUGCAAACUCCUCAACGGGGAGGCCUCCGCCAACCGCAAACGCGUGGAAAACAUGGCCAAGAAGAAGCUGGACUCCCUCAUCAAAGAGUCCAGGAUCCGGGGCCACGAGGACCCGAAUGGCUUCGCCGUGUCCACCAUGCUCCCCUCCGGGAAAGCCGGCCACAAGGCGGGGACCAAAAAGGCUCAGGCCGGGGCUGAGGAGGACACGGGCUCCGGGGAGGACAGCAGAGCUGGCCGCCAGAACAGCCGCCUCCUUGGGAGCAGCUUCUCCAAGGCCAAGAAAAGGGGCAGCAAGAAGGCGGCCAGCGUGGAGGAGGGGGACGGGGACCUGGACUCCCCAGGCAGCCAGAGCCGAGGGACGGCCCGGCAGAAGAAGACGAUGAAGCUGUCGCGGGCGCUCUCGGACCUGGUCAAGUACACCAAGUCCGUGGGAGCCCACGACGUGGAGACGGAGGUGGCCUGCAGUUGGCAGGUGGCGUCCUUCAGCGAGACCAAGGCGCACCAGCUCCUGCAGCAGAAGCCGGCGCAGUACCUGCGGUUCAACCAGCAGCAGCUGUCCCGCGUCUACCCCUCCUCCUACCGCGUGGACUCCAGCAACUACAACCCCCAGCCCUUCUGGAACGCCGGCUGCCAGAUGGUGGCCCUGAACUACCAGUCAGAGGGCAGGAUGCUGCAGCUGAACCGGGCCAAGUUCAGCGCCAACGGCAACUGCGGCUACGUGCUCAAGCCCCCGUGCAUGUGCCAGGGUGUCUUCAACCCCAACUCCGAGGACCCCCUGCCCGGGCGGCUCAAGAAGCAACUGGUGCUCCGGAUCAUCAGUGGCCAGCAGCUCCCCAAGCCACGCGACUCCAUGCUGGGGGACCGCGGGGAGAUCAUAGACCCGUUUGUGGAGGUGGAGGUCAUCGGGCUCCCGGUGGACUGCAGCAAGGAGCAGACCCGCGUGGUGGACGACAACGGCUUCAACCCGCUGUGGGAGGAGACGCUGGUGUUCACGGUACACAUGCCCGAGAUCGCGCUGGUCCGCUUCCUCGUCUGGGACCACGACCCCAUCGGGCGCGACUUCAUCGGCCAGAGGACGCUGGCCUUCAGUAGCCUGAUGCCAGGCUACCGGCACGUGUACCUGGAGGGGAUGGAGGAGGCCUCCAUAUUUGUGCAUGUGGCCGUCAGUGACAUCAGCGGUAAGGUCAAGCAGGCUCUGGGCCUAAAAGGCCUCUUCCUCCGCGGCCCAAAGCCCGGCUCACUGGACAGUCCUGCUGCUGGGCGGCCCCCACCCCGGCCCUCCGUUAGCCAGCGGCUCCUGCGGCGCACGGCCAGCGCCCCCACCAAGACCCAGAAGCCGGGCCGCAGGGGCUUCCCGGAGCUGGCCCUGGGCACGCAGGACGCGGGCGCUCAGGGGGCGGUGGGCAACGUGGCGGCCCCUGGCCCCAGCCCUGCUCCGGAAGCCCCUGCCCACCAGGGGUCCGGCGGCAGCAGCCCCCGAGACGGGCGCCUUGUUCCUCUGUACGCCCCGUCCGGCCCGCCGUGCGGCCUGGAGCCCAUCGCCGAGGAGCCCGCCCCACCGGCGACCACCCCCACCGUCCCCUCCUGGGAGGGGCCCCAGCGCCCCCCAGGCUCGGCCUCAGGAGCAUCUGUGCCCCUCGGGAGUGGGGGCCACGGGGACCACGGGCAGCCCCCGAGAAAGCCGCGCCCCAGCGGGAGCCCCAGCGCGGCAGGCGAGAGUGAGAGCGGAAGCCGGCCCCGGGCCCUGGGCCAGCGGCCCCCGGUCAGAAGGGCAAAGAGCGAGGGGCAGGUGCCUUCCUCCCCCGCGGCUGUGUACUCCGAUGCCACAGGCGGGGACCAGCUGUGGCAGCGGCUGGAGCCGGGCGGCCACCGUGACAGCAUGUCCUCAGCCUCCAGCGUCUCGUCCAGCGACACGGUCAUCGACCUCUCCCUGUCCCGCCUGGGUCUGGGCCGGAGCCACGAGAGCCCGGGGAGGUGCCUGGCCCCGUGGCCCUGCCCCACCUCGGCCGCCUGCCCAGCCCCAGCCCCUGUGACCAAGAGCAAGUCCAACCCCAACCUGUGGGCCGUAGGCCGGCCUCUGGCCCCGCGGCCGCCUGGCCUGCACCGCCUGGAGGGCUGGCAGGAGUGCCCUGUGGCCGCCAAGUCCAAGAGCCUGGGCGAUCUGACCGCCGAUGACUUCGCCCCGGGCUUCCAGGGCAGCGCCCGAAACCUGAGCCGCCGCCUGGGCCCCCCGGGGCGGGCGUGGCAGGUGCCGGGGCGGGACGCGCUCACGGAGCAGCUGCGCUGGCUCACGGGCUUCCAGCGGGCGGGGGACAUCACAUCGCCCACCAGCCUGGGCCCGGCCGCGGAGGGGGCGGCAGGCGGCCCCAGCUUCCUGAGACGCCCGUCCUCCCGCAGCCAGAGCCGCGUGCGCGCCAUCGCCAGCCGGGCCCGCCAGGCCCAGGAGCGGCAGCAGCGGCGGCAGGGCCCGGACUGGCGGGGUCCCCCCGAGGAGCGGGGCGCCCCGGAGGGCUGUGUGGACACCCCUGCCCUGUGCCCCGGCCCCGAGGCCUUGCUCCUCCUGAGGCUUUGA